CGCAGAUCGCGUCCUCCCAGCGCUCGAACACCUCCCGGGGAACGAUCGAGCGGCAGAGGUGCGGGUCGAUGGUUCCCGGGCAGGAGACGUCGGGACACUUGACGGAGCUUAUGUUCUCCUGGAUUUUCGCGGCGACGUGCCGGCCGAUGCACUCCGUGCAGUACGAAUGCCGGCAGGAAUUGCUCCUGAACAUCUCGCCUCCGGGCUUCCAGUCCAUACAGAUUUCGCAGAACGCUACGGAGGAUUCGCCGGCGUCUGAUUGCUCGCCAGGUGUUUGGGUUUUUGUCUCCGAGGUUCUGGACGCCGCCAUUGAAACGAGAACAGAGGACAUUAGGGCCUCUUGCAUUUGCAGCUCCUCUGCGUAUUUCUCGUCGGAAACGGGGAAGAUUUGGUCGUCGUCGUGAAGGGCAGAGAAGUAGAAAUCAUCUACAUAAGAUCAAAGUGCCUUGUUGUUGUGUUUCGUAGCUGUGCCCAAGACAAUCUAAAGAUCUUCAAGUGGAACAUUUUGGCACUUGAGGGCUCAAGAGAGGAACCAUCUACGGGCGCUACUCUGUCGCUUAGCUCCACGCCAUGCCAGUCCAUAUAUAGUCCACUAUAUAGUUUUAUCUUUAAUAUAUAAAUAGAGAUAUU